UCGAGUGCGCCUCAAUGGCAGGCCAACAGUCGGGCCGCGGGACUUCGGGCGGCCUCCGGCCGCCCCCUCAGCCCUUUGCGUCGCGCUCGUGCGGCGGCGACGCCUCCGAGGCCAAGGUCGCGGUGGCCGUGCGCAGCGCCAGCUUCGGAGGACAGAUCGACCCGCGCACCGAGGCGCAACUGUGCGAGUUCGACAUGAUAAUCCAGCAGAUGGACAAAAAUUGGCCUUCGAGGGCCGCCUCGAAGCCCGCCGCGCCGGCCGUCGUGCAGCGGGCGCAGAAACGCAGCCACCACGGCAUCGACGAAGACCUCAAGGUCAUCCUCGACAACAUGGACCCUGAGUUGCUGCAGAGCGGGGUCGAGGUCAGCGCCACCCCCUUCACCCCCUCUCCUACCGGCCCGCCGACCUUCAAGACGAGCACCACGACCUCGAGGACGCAGCUGAAGCAGCAGUUGAUGCGCGAGCAGUUGCAGGAGCAGGACAGAAAAGAGGCCGUUCGGAAGCCGGGCAGCGUGGUGGCCGCCGCCGUCACCCCAGCAGCCCCCAUCAACACACCCCUGCCCGCCCCCUUCGCGGCGACCCCUGUCGAACUCCCAGCUCAAGUCCUCCAGGUGAGGACGGUGCUGGAGAAUCCGACCAGGUACCACGUCAUUCAGAAGCAGAAGAGCCAGGUGCGGCAGUACCUGAGCGAGUCGUUUCAAGGCGGCGGCUCACUGGACAGCGGCGGCACCCCUCCCGCCAGGACGACCCGCGCCAAGAGGUUGGCCGCCAGCUCGGCCCCAGCGGUGGCUGUGGCCCACUCUAGGAGAACUUCGACGGUGGCCCCCAAUUGUGCACCUCAGCAGGCCGACAGGGUCAUGUCGCCUGGUCUCAGUUCGGUUGCAACAAGUGUCUCAGAGGGUGAAGAGUUAAUGGACGACUGGUUGUCACUCGGUGAAGCUUCCUUGCCUUCGGACAAUCAACUCAAAAAUGAAAUCGACCCACAGGCAUUCGUGGAGGCCCUGGGUGCCGGCAGCGGCGGCGGCACCGGUCUCUACGGCCAGUACCAGACCUUCAGCGAGGUCUUCGGAGCCGCGACUGCCACGACGUCGUCGUCGUCUUCGUGUCCCCCGGACUUACCGCAGAUCAAAGUCGAGUCUGGCCAGAUUUGCGACAACGAGGUGCACGCGAUCAUCCGUGACAGGCAGAAGAAAGACAACCACAACAUGAUCGAGCGACGGCGACGAUUCAACAUCAACGACAGAAUUAAGGAGCUCGGUACCCUUCUACCGAAAAAUAAUGACCCGUACUUUGAGGUUAUCAGAGACGCCAGGCCUAAUAAGGGAACCAUUCUGAAGUCGUCCGUGGACUUCAUCAAGUGCCUCAAGCAGGAGAACGAAAGGUUAAAGCAAAUUGAGGAGAUAAACAAGCAGACCGAGCAGAAAAACCGAAGGCUCCUCAUUCGGAUAAGAGAGCUCGAGAUGCAGGCCAAGCAACACGGACUUUUGGCGCCCGAAGCCGACUGGCAAAAUCCGGAGCCGCUCCCGUCCAUGUCGAACAAUUACAUCAAAAUGGAAGAUGGAAGAAGUCUCAUUACCCUCAGCAACGCGGUGCCUCAGCAAAUCCAAAUGCCAGACGUGGUGACCGAGGCGGCCACCCUGAGCGCAACUCAGAUGGAGGACCUUAUGGAGGACGACCUUCAUCCAGUCAACGGCGACCCGAUGCUUUCCUCUCCGAACGUGUCCAGUCCAGUGCACAGUCUGAUCGAAGACAUUGACAUGAUGGUUUAGCCCGCGGCUAAGUCAGAGACCACACGAGUGUAGUUUGCGAAUCAGCCAGUUUCAAGUGCCAACAUAAAGCUUAGGCUCCAGAUUAAAUACUAUUAUAUAAAUAGAUUUGUAUCAUAUAUUACAGAGUUUAUGCAUACAACAGAGUAUUUUGUUAGUUGCUAAAAAUAUGUCAUUUCUGCGCUAUAGAGUUUAUCGUCAUUUAAGGAAACCGUUGUUCACACAAUCAGAACUAUGCAUUCUAAUUUAAGUCGUUUUCAGAUCAAUCCUGUGCGAAAAUAUACAAAUGUGGAGUCUGGUCAAUUUGCAUAAUGUAUUCAUCAAGGUGGUACCUCCACGAAAUGCAUUUUUGACUUGUAAUGCAAAAAAAAAAUGAGAAAAAUUGGCAGAAAACUAUAACCGGAAUCUUUUUUCCUCUAUACUGGAAAUGCAAUUUUUUUUUUAUUUUAAAUGAAUUUUUGUGUU